CCUUCCCGCCGCACGCAUGCGCAGCCUCAGGCAAAGAUGGCAGCGCUGCGGCUGGGUUGGCGGUGCAGCCGCGGUAUAGCGCGUAGAUUAUUUACUACAUCUGCACAAUGUAAUGAAACCCACAAAGUUUCUCGUCCAGAAACCUUCUCGGCAAAGAAUCUAAUGGACAUUGGCACUCGUCGGAUAUUUUCUGAAGAACAUGAUAUAUUAAGACAAAGUGUGAGGCGAUUCUUUGAAGAAGAGGUGGUUCCGUAUCAUACACAAUGGGAGAAAGAUGGCCAAGUGAGUCAAGAAGUUUGGGAAAAGGCUGGACAGCAAGGUCUUCUAGGAGUCAGUACACCUGAAGAACAUGGUGGGCUCGGUGGUGAUAUACUUUCUGCUGCUGUGGUAUGGGAAGAACAGAUGUAUGCGAACUGCAGUGGACCUGGCUUCAGCUUACAUUCAGACAUUGUCAUGCCUUACAUCACUCAUUAUGGAUCUAAAGAACAGAUUGAGCGUUAUAUUCCUCAGAUGGUUUCUGGAAAAUGUAUUGGUGCCAUUGCAAUGACAGAACCCAGUGCUGGCAGUGAUUUACAAGGAGUACGAACAAAUGCCAAGAAGGAUGGUGGUGACUGGAUUCUCAAUGGCAGCAAAGUUUUUAUAACAAAUGGCUGGAUGUGUGAUGUGGUCAUUGUUGUAGCUGUAACAGAUCCUCAAGCCCGCUCUAAAGCCCAUGGGAUAAGCUUAUUUCUUGUGGAUAAUGGCAUGAAGGGAUUCAUCAAAGGAAAUAAGCUGGAGAAGAUUGGCUUGAAAGCACAGGAUACAGCUGAGCUCUUCUUCGAGGAUGUCCGCUUGCCAGCUGAUGCUCUACUAGGAGAGGUUAAUAAAGGAUUCUACUAUUUAAUGACUGAGCUUCCACAGGAACGAUUGCUCAUUGCAGACAUGGCCCUUGCCAACUGUGAAUUCAUGUUUGAAGAAACAAGAAAGUAUGUGAGACAGAGAAAAGCCUUUGGAAAAACUAUUGCUGAUUUGCAGACUGUACAGCACAAACUGGCAGAAAUUAAGACCCAGUCUUGUGUGGGCCGAGCAUUUGUUGACAGCUGCCUACAGCUGCACAUGAAGAAGCAACUGGAUUCUGCUUCUGCUUCCAUGGCCAAAUACUGGGCAACUGAGCUCCAGCAUAAUGUAGCCAACCAGUGCCUACAACUGCAUGGUGGAUGGGGAUACAUGUGGGAAUAUCCAAUUGCAAAGUCUUUUGUUGAUUCCCGUGUUCAGCCAAUUUACGGUGGAACAAAUGAAAUAAUGAAAGAGCUUAUUGCUAGACAAAUUGUAAGUGACUAAUGGUCCUGUGAGCUGAAUGCUGAUUCGUGCCAACAGUACCUUCACAUGCAGAAAACUUGUAAUCCUCUUGCUCUUCAUUUCAUCCAGCAAAAAAAUAAAUUGGGGAUUGUUCACAGAUGGAAAACUUAGCUUACUUUAUACAGUGCAUUUCACCUUGAUAUGAUCUGUGUAAGUUGACUGGAAUAUGAAUGCUUUUACUUUUGCCUUUUUGUUUACUUGCUAUUUGUGAAACUGUGUCAGCAACAGUUUUAAGAGCCAACUGUGACAUGUUCUGGUGGUAAAAUCUUAUGCAAGAAUCUGUAUUGUUGAGGCAACAAACCAAGAUAAAUGCUUUAAUUUUUUUUGGAUCUGGGUGGGGGAAAAAAUCAAAUCAUAUACUGAUAGUAAAAAGAAUGGAAUUUUUUAAACAACUUCCCACUGUAUUAUCUUGAGUUUUGAAAUUCUUUGUGUAUUUUUAGGGAAUUUUAAGGUUCUAAUAGACUUAUAAUCAGACUGUUAUAGAAUUAUCUGUUAAUUCUUAGAAUUGUUUAUUAAAACGUCUUGAUAACUUGGGCUCAGAUAAGCCUUAUGUUUGAGUAAAGAAGGAUAUUCCACAGUGCAGUCAUAAUCUUAAACAUCUAACUCUAAAUUGUUGGAAUCUGAAAAUUCCCCAAGUAACUGAUUUGAGGCAGAUAAAAUCCGAGUGUAUUUCCUGGAUGACAGUUAUACUGUUGUAGGUAAAGUAACCCAAAGGAUUUGUAUCUUAUGAGGGAAAGUCGGCAAGUGUUUAUACUAUGCAAUGCCUCUUUUUGAGGAGUAUUUGUGUUGGUGCAACUUGUGCUCAUCAUUUUAAAUAGUUUUCUAAUGUUCACUCCCAUGAGUUACUGAGAGGUGAUCACCACUAAUGAAACUGUAACUCUGAGGAUGCAAAGGGAAAGGAAAUUAGCAAUAAGAAAUGCCUCAGAAGAUCUCCGUAAUUUCAUGUACAGAGAUCAUAUGGGGUACAUUGGCUCCUUCAUUCAAAUGAAUCACAUUAGGACUAAAUUCAUGAGAAAUAGAGGCAGCAGUGGAGGAGAGUAGGAGGAGAGUAGGAAUGUAUUUCAUCAAUCAAUGUUAUGCUUCAUGUUCACUUCCCAUUAGAUGUACUUGUGAUUUGAUCCCCACUGGCUCCAAAAAUCUAUCGACCAGGAAUAUAUCUGGUUAUUCUUUGACCUGUAGGAGAACUUACAAAGGUUUGACAACUGGAGCUUCCACCUCAUCUUAAUCUUAAAUGGCUGAACUCUUCACCCAAUGAUGUACUGCUUGAUUCUAGACUCUCAAUUUAGAGGAAACAGCUUUGCAGCAUCUGCUCCAUCAGUCCCUCAGGAGCUUUUACAGUAUAUCUGAUCACCUUUCAUUCUUCUUGUAUAACCUGUAGUGAGGAUAGACAGAUCCUAUUUGAUCUUGCUUCUUUUGCCAAAAUUAUCAUUACUGGAAUUCAUGUAGAGAAUCUGUACUGCUUGACAAUCCUGUCCUUCCCCAUCUGGACCCUAAAGCCCUAAAUACUUGAUGUUUCCUUGCAUCCUCCUCCACUUUCCCACUUUGUAUUUUAGCAAAUUAGCAACAAACAGUAUACUUGGCCCCUUCAUCUAAUUCAUUGAUAAAGGUGAUUAAUAACUGGUUAAGUCAAGACUGCCAACCAAUCCCUAAUCACAUUUGCCUCAACUUCAUGGGCUCCUAUUUUGUUUAACAGUCUUUCUUAUUGUACACCUUGGUUGCCUUUUGAAAAUCCAGAGGUACCGAAUCCACUGGUUCUCCUAAUCUAACCUACUAGUUACGUACUCAGAAACUCAGUUUUUAAAGACAUUAUCUCCAAUUUCCAGCUAUAAAACUUUCAAUUUCAUAGCCAUGAACAAAGUGACUUUUAUGUUAUGAACAAUUUACUUUAAUUUCAAUAAAUGUUUAUUGAAAAUAUUUUGCCUCUGUUGUUUACUGUUUUGGCCAGAUUAACAAAAGUUAGUCAGAUUUUGAGUUCAUAUAAGAUUCCUGAUAUAAGUUUGAACUGAUUAAAUAAUUUAGUUGAAGAAUCUUAUAAGACCAACUGUAAUCCAUUUUAAUUUCCUUGACAGUGAAAAUUGAAAGCUUAGAGGUAUUGAAAAAGUUUAUUGAAUUUAAUUAGCUAAGUCAUCAGGACUGGAUAGGAUGUGUCCUAAGAAUCUGAAGCAAAUAAAGGAUAAAUCCAGGGGCACUGACGUCCUUGGAUGUGGCCAGAAGACUUGAAAGUGGUGAAUGUUACUUUGUUGUCCAAUAAAGUGAGUAAGGGUAAGCCCAACAACUCAAGCCAGUCAGUUCAACCUGAAAGCUUUAAGUUAAACUGAUUGGGCUGUAGUUGUAGGGAAAUCUUUAGCAACAGUGAGCCAGGGCAAGAGUACUAGAAUCGUAAUUAGGUUUAUGAUCACUGAUAUAUGUUAUGAAAUUUGUUCUGUAGCAACAGUAUAGUGCAAAAGAAGAAUAGCAAGAUGGUGUUCAUGGACCAUUCAAAGAUCUGAUGGCAGAUAGGAUGAACCUGCUUCUAAAAUAUUGAUAUAGGUCUUUGGGCUCCUGUACUUCCUUUUUGAUGGUAAUGAGAAGAGAGCAUGUCCUGGAUGAUGAGUGUCCUUAAUGAUGGAUGCUCCGUAAUGGAGCUGAGUCCUCUUUCGAUCCUGCGCAUUGGAGCCUCAGUGCCAGGCUAUGAUGCAGCCAGUCAGAAUGCUCUCCAUUGUAUCUCUGUGGAAAUUUGCUGACGUCCCUCUUGCCAAGAUUCGCAUUAUCACUGUAUCAUUUCCUGACAGGGUCACCUUACACAUAAAGCAAUCCAGCAUUUAGCAUCAUUUUAGGUACUUGCAAUCAGUUUGUAUUUAAGCUAGUCUUAUGUAUUUACGGUUAUACUCAAUUACUUAUAUAUAGAUGCUGCCUGACUUGAGUUCCUCCGGCCUUUUGUGUGUAUUGUUCUGGAUUUACAGCUUCUGUAGAAUCUCUUGUGUUUAUGAUUUGCUGCUCCACUGCAAAGCAUUUUUGAGGGAUGCCUACACUGAAGGUUUAAAUCUUCUCUUUGGCAGGAGUUCAAUGAAACCCUCUCACACUGCUCACUCUCUGUGAUCUCUGCUGCCCUCCAACUCUUCGACCAUGUGCUCACCCGGACUUGCUACCACAGAUUUCUCCAACCUAUGGUUUUUCUUUCUUCUUCCCCUCCCUCUUCAAUUCCCCACUCUAGCUUCUUGCCUCUUAUCACCUGCCAGUCACCUCCCCCUAGUGCCCAUCAUCCUUCCCUUUUUUCAUGGUCCGCUCUCCUAUCAGAUUCCUUCUUCUCCAGCCCUUUGCCUUUUCCACCUAUCACCUCCCAGUUUCUUACUUCAUCUCCCCUCCCCUGCCCAGCUACUUCACCUAUCAGAUUCAAGCUUGUCUUUCUUCCCCUUCCCCCACCUUCUGGUUCUGGCAUCAUCCCCCAUACUUAUCAGUUCUGAUGAAGGGUCUUGGCCCGAAAGGUCUAGUUAUUCUUCCAUAGAUGCUGCCUGACCUGCUGAGUUCCUCCAACAUUUUGUGUGUUUGCUCUGGAUUUCCAGCAUCUGCAAAAUCUCUUGUGUUUAUGAUUUGCUGCCCAAUUGCAAAGUCUCUUCAAGGUAUCUGUGAAGAAGUUUAAAUUUUCUCUUCAAGAGUUCAGUGAAACCUUUUCGCACUGCUCCCUUCCGACUCAUCGACCACGUGCUCAUCCAGACUCUCUACAGCAGAUUUCUCCAACUUCCUGUGAUUUUUCUUUCCCUUCCCUCUUCCCUCUUCUUCAAUACCACAUUCUGGCCUUCUACCACUUCUCCUCAUCUGCCAUCACCUCCUCCUGGUUCCAGUCUUCCUCCCCUUUCUCCCAUGAUCCACUCCCCUCUCCUAUCGAAUUCCUCCUUUUCUAGCCCCUUGCCUUAUCCAUCUAUCACCUCCCAGCUUUUUACUUUCUCCCCCUUCUCCACCCCCCUGAUUUCACCUAUCACUUUCUAGCUUGUCUUUCUUCCUCUGCCCCCCACUUUCUGAUUCUGGUAUCGUCCCACUUACUUUCCAGUCCUGAUGAAGGAUCUCUACCCGAAAUGUUGACUGUGUAUUCAUUUCCAUAGAUGCUGCCUGGCCUGUUGGGUCCCUCUAGGAUUUCCUGCGUCUGCAGAAUCUUUUGUGUUUUAUGAGUUGUAUUUAUAUUUGUUUUUUUUUUAAUGCUGCAUUGGAUCCAGAGCAACGAUCAUUUUGUUCUCUUUUACACUCAUAUUCUGAAAAAUGACAAACUAUUUUGAAUAUCAAAUCUCCUCAAACUCUUAGUGAAACAUAGCUUCUUUGUAAUUGCAUUAAUAUAUCAGCUUCAGGAUAGAUCUGCUGAGUUGACCUCACUAGGAACUCAAAGCUGCUCACCCUUUCCACUGCUGACCCCUCAAUGAGGACUGGUGUGUAUACUUCCGAUUUCCUUGUCCUGAAGUCUUUGGUCAACACAUUCAUUCUGCUGACGUUGAGUGCAAGGUGAUUGUGACACCAUUCAGCCAGCUGAUCUGUCUCGCUGCUGUAUGCCUCUUUGUUGACUGGAGGAGCCUGGAUUAAUAAGGCAAGCUACACUCAAUUUGUUAAGGACAAUUCAUGUUUCACCAAUCCAAUUUGAUAGUUAUAUUUUGAUGAAGUAAGAGAUAUAUCAAUGAGUAUAAUGUAGUUGAGAUGGUGUCCAUGGAUAUCCAGUAGGUUCUCAUGUAAUAGGCAUAUCAGCAAAGUUGAAGCCAUAGUUGAAAAGGAAUAGUAAUGGCACAGAUGCAAUGAUGGCUAAGUUACAGACACCAGAAGGACAUGGUAAAGGAUUGUUUCUUAGGCUGGGGGAAUGUGAAUAGUAGUUUCCCAUGAAUCAUUGUCAGUACCAUUACUUGCUUUGAUUAACAGCUGGAUUUUGGAGGGCAAACCACAUUUCUUAACUUUGCAAGUGGCACAAAUUUUGGCAGUACUGUGAACAUCAGAUAUGAUAAAUUGCCGCACUAUUUGAACCGGCUGGUGGAGUGAGCAAAUGCAUGGUAGAUGAAAAUUAAUGCAGAGAAUGGUGAGUUGAUGUGUUUGACAGGAUGAAUAGGUGUGUUAGGGUGAAGUAGAAUAAAAGAUCCUGUUAUAAAAGGGGUGCUGGAGCAGAGGGAUCUGUGGGGAUGAUGCACUAGUGAUUGAAAGUAACAAGAUAGGUAGAGAAUGUAGUUAAAAGGUAUACACAAUUACAGGCUUUAUUGAUAGAGGCAGAGUAGAAAGACAGGCAAGAAAUGUUGAAUCUUUAUAUGUCUGGCUUAUCUACUCUGGCAGUCACAGCCUUUGUG